AUGGCCGACGCCAACGAGAGACAGAUCAACUCCAGCUUCCAAGGCUUGGUCUCCACCUGCGUCAUCUUUGCCGUCGUCGGUGGCAUAUCAGCGACCACUUACGAGUCGCUCCGUCAGCUACGACGUCUUCCCAGAACACGAUUCACCAAAUUCUGGCGCAAAGAUGCCCAGCGUCGACAUCCUCCAGGCGGCGUGCAGGACACUCCUGCGCACAUUCGAGAUGGCGAUACGUGCGAGGAUUGGGAGAUGGGUCACUUCUACCUCUCUCGAGUCUUUCACGCAACCACUCCAUCCCCAAUGCUACCACGGUGGCCCUUCGCCUGGGUAAAACGCGCCAUCUACUUCACCGACGAGUGGUACGCCGACCACACCGGCAUGGAUACCGUCGUCUACGUCCGCUUCCUCCGCGCCUGUCUCUGGUGGGUUCUCCUCCAGGCCUUGACCACCGCGCCCAUCCUCCUCUCGAUCCACAUUACUUUCAGUCGUGGUGUCAGCACCACCGACAUGCAGCGCGCCUCCCUUUCCUACCUCGUCAGCACCCCUGCACCAGACUGCAAGGAAAAUGAUCGCGCAAAGUGCCCCACCGUGCCCAACGAGAAGGGCAGGUCGCUCCUCUGGAUCCAUCUUGUGCUCCUCUGGUACCUCAGCAUCACUUGGGUCCUCGCUCUCUGGUGGAUCGGCACAGGCUCGCUCCGAGUCCGCAAAGCGCAAAUCGCAAAGACGCGAAACAAGGUCAUUCAGGCCAAAGCGGAUGCUCGCAGCGCUCCCGCCAACAACACCACAACCACCGCAAAUGGUGUAGGUCCCUUGCAUCGAGAUGCUUCGGCCAACCUCACCACUGCUCAUGGCCUGUCGAUGGACAACAGCGACGGCUGGCGUCAGAGAACCCUCAUGGUCAUGAACCUCCCUGCUACCAUGCGCGACGAAGCCAGCAUCCGUCGCUACUUUGAAGAGUUCCUCCGCCCCGACGAUGCUGACUCUCUCUCCGACGAUGGCCACAGCGAUGACGGAGCUCACCCUUUCUCCCGCAACCAGGAUGCACAGAACGCCUCAGGCUCCGAUUCCGACCAUCGGUCGGCCUCAGCCGAGCACCGUGCAACACCUGCCGUCUUCUCGGCUCACAGCGAUGGUCCCAACGGUCCAGAGCCCGACUUGCAUCCUGACCGACAUCUCAAGAGCCCUAUCCAGACUGUCGUGCUUGUGCGCAAGAUGAACGAGCUUGCUUCCAUGCUCUCUCGUCGCCAAGAGGUGCUCACUCAACUCGAAGCAGCGCACGUUAAGCUCGCACAAGAAGUGCUCGUCACCGUCGGUCGCCGCACUUUGAAGAUGCGCAAGGAGGAACGCCUCAAGGCCCAAGAGGGCUCGCAUCCAAGCAAAGAGCACCGGUCGCAACCCCGUUCCUUCUUCAAACGAGUCUUUCGCUUGCGCAGACAGUCCAAGCAGGCUCAAGCCACCAACGACUCCAACUCGGGCAACACAACUCCCUCCGAAACCCUCGAUCCAGACAUCGAGAAACUCGGCCCGUCACAGCACACGGCAGGAAAGGCGCUCGAGGAAGAACUUGCGCGCAGACUCGCACGCUUCUCACCCACCAAUCGCGGAACGCACACCAAGCAGACCCAGACGAUUCAGCACAAUGACAGCAGCAACGAGAACGAGAUUGGUGAGACCGUCUGGGAGGCGCUCAACGAGCUUCCACGAGAGCUGCUCGAUCCUUUCCAACCAGCAACUCGGCUCUCGGCACUCUUUCGCGGUCAGACCGUGCCAACCAUCGACUACCUCCUUACCAAGCUCAACCUGCUCACCGCGCUCGUCACAGAGAUGCGAUCCAGACCGCCGACCAGCUACGAGCCCACCUCGACCGCCUUUGUCACCUUCCGUGACCCGCGUCAGGCGCGCAUGGUUUGGCGCGAGCUCAAGGACCAGAUCGUCGUCAAGGUCCGUCUGGCACCCGAGGUCAAGGAUCUCGAUUGGGACCGUCUCAUGAAGACCUCCUUCACCGUCGACGUCGUUCGUGGCUUUGGCGUCAGCGUUGUCACCUGGGGCUUCACCAUUUUUUGGGUCAUCAUCAUCAACGCCAUCGUUUUGGGUAUCUUUAGCGUCGACAAGCUCAAGCAGAUUCCAGGGCUCGGCAACUUCUUCGACAACAAUCCCAAGCUCACCGGAUUCGUCACCAUCACCUUGCCACCUCUGCUCGUCUCGCUCGCGUCCAUGUCGGUGCCCGAGCUCAUCUUCCAGGUCAGCAAGCGCGCCCAGGGCUUUGUCACCUUCAGCGCACUCUACGACAUGUGCCUUGCUCGCUACUGGAAGUUUGUCAUCUGCAACGUCGUCAUCUUUUUCAGCGUCGGCUCGGCCGUCAUUGUCACUGUGCUCACCAAGGUCGGCAACACGGGCUCUAUCCUCAGCACCGUCGCAAGUGCUUUUCCCUCUGCUGCUCCGUUCUUCGUCUCAUACUUGAUCCUUCAGCUCGGGUUGCAAUCCGGCUUCGAGCACAUGGGCUUCAUGAUUGCGUUGCUUCAACACAUGGGUGCGAGGAAAGCGGCCACACCUCGCAUUCGCGCCAUCAAGACGCUGCCACGCAAUUUCAACCGAUACUAUUGGCUGCCGCUGCACAUCAACAUCAUGGCCAUCGUGUUCAUCUUUGCGCUGCUCAAUCCGCUCGUCAUCCCCUUUGCCCUGGUUUACCUCGCCCUCGCCCUCGUCAUCUUCAAGAAGAACUUCGCCUACCACUACUACCGACGUUUCAACGAGAUGGAAGGCGUCGUCUACUUUGUCAGGCUGUUACGCUACAGCCUCGACGCCAUCGUAGUCAUGCAGGCCGUUCUGCUCAUCUUCUUCUCCGUGCUCAAGAAGCAGCCCGUCUACAUUGGCAUGUCGGCGGUGCUCAUUCCUCUGACCGUCAUCACCAAGAUCAUUGCCACACGACUAUGGAGAUCGCAGUGCAGAGCUCUGGACGACGAAGAGGCUGAAGCGCUGUGCGGCAUCGACUCGCGCCCACUCUGGCAAAAGAUGCAGAGGGAUGACUUGGGCCCAAGUACGGCCGAAGAAGGCAGCGACAGCCGUGCCCCGCUCGAUGCGCUCGCCUCUGGACGUUACCCCUCUGUAGUACCUCCGCCACCGACCGAGUCUGCCUUCCAGCGUGUCUGGCAACGCCUUCACGACUCGUUCAACGCCAACGGUCUCGACGGACAGAGCUAUCUCGCGACAGCUCACGCAAAAGGCAAAGCACCUGCAGGUCCAGUCGGUGCCGGCGCUCGAGGCAUUGCAAGGACACCCCGCUACAUUGUCAAGGAGACCGCCAAACACGCCUUUCACUUUCGCCAUGCAGCCAAGAACUCGCUCGGGAUGAACGUCCUCGUCGAGUCGCCCCGCGCGAGCCGCGAUCGCCCUUCGACCGAACGCAGGCGACCCGUCUCGGGUCUGCCACCGACGAGCCAGCUUCACCUUCACUCUUUCCGAAAUUCGCAGGACGAGCCCGCCGACGUCGCCGCCGGCGCCGAGCACACGGAUGGCGAAGUGCCAAACGAUCCCGCCGCCGCGCUCCGGAGCGGCAAGUCGACGAUACGAAAGGCGAAAGGCGACCACGUCGUUCACCGCCGUCGGGGCAGUUCGAGAAGUGAGGACCGUCCCUUCCUCUCGGCGUUCGAUGCCGUAUCUGCACAUGCUCCUCUGCCGAGCGAGCACGAUUAUGACCUGAGCUUUGAGGACGGUGACGCGCCCUUCUUGGAGCACGACGAUCAAGGUCAUCUGCUUCGUCAGUCCAGUCGCCAAUCGAGACGAGCGGCCAGCCGCAAUUACGGCACCCUCCGACGGAAGACGAGCCAGCUGGCCACCGUUGCCGACGAGGAGCUUCCGCAGAGUGCAGACAGCUACGCAUCAGGCGGACAUGCCGAAGAUGCCACUAGCAGCGACCCUCUUUACCAACGUGCAUCACGUCCGACGGAGCAGGCCACUGUCAACGUGAACCAGACCUGGGGCAGGUCGAUCCAGCACUCUUCCUACGAAGACUACGACGAUUCGCUCAAGGGUCGUGAGCUGGUGCGGCCGCAUCCACCAGUUCGGUGGGACGAUACACCCAACAACACGGCACGCUACAACAACCCCUUCUACAUUCAGGAGAUGGACGAGUUUCUCUGGCUGCCACGCAACCCCUUGGCGCCGGUGGACCUCUUUGAUACGAUCGAGUGGUAUGGGCCGGCGCUCGUCAGCUCUCAAGGUGGUGGAGGCAUCGUUGGCGAGUGGGACGACGAGCAGGACGACGGCGAGUUUGACACCGAAGACGAGGAGAAGCACGCUCUGCACCAUGAUGAGAUUCCUUUUGGCGGCGAGGCGGCUACGCUUGCCCGAUCAAAGACUCUGAUGCUUGAGGGCGACGAAGAGAUCCUGCUUCCCGAUCGACUUGCUCGUCACCUCGAGGAAACGCAAGAUGCGGAGCAAACUGUGGACCCUGCCGCCAGCAUCCCCAAGAACAUGAUGGAGGACUACAAGCGUGCUCUGGGUCGCACGAAUCGAGCAGGAUCCAGAGCGAGCGAUUCGCAAGCAUCACCGACGCGAUCGAGUCUCUUCCGACGCGGCAGCAACGUCUCGUCGCCUUCUGCUCAGAACUUUGCAGGAGGAGCUUCGUUGCUGCAGAUUCCUUCGCAUGGAUCGUUCCGCAGUUCGGAUGGGAUCCAGCCGCCGGCAAGUCCGACGCAGAUGCGCAUGUCUCCUCGACCAGGUACGGGCGACUCGGUGCCUCUGCCCAGCGUCGCCGAGGGUAACGUGGUGGUUCCACACCGUAGCUCGAGCCGUCGCAAGCGCAACAAGGGUCCAGCAGACGAGGGUGAUGAAGAGGUCCUCGAAGGUGCGGAUGCCGAUCGGACGACGGAUCUGACGCCCACCAAGCGACGCGAAAUUAACGCGAUGUCCGCGAACCGCAACGUCUCGCGCCGAACGUACCGACGAGAUGCGUCGGGCGCCAUGAGUCGAGCCAGCGGCUUCUCGGGAGGCACGACGCAAAGGACGGUGACGCUUCAGGCAGCGUUGCGUGCAGAAGCGCUGGAGGAAGAGAGGCGACUUACGCUCAAGCAGAGGCUGGCGGCUGCCAAGGGACGCAAGAAGCGCGAAGCGUCGCGCGACGUUUCCGGUGGACAUCUCGACGGGCUGGGAGAGACCGACGCCGACGGCAUCGACGACGGCGAGGAUGAAGAGGGAGGCGGAACGACGACGCGACGAGGAGCAAGCAAGAGCAGCAUCAUGGCGCGCUACGAGGCGCAGCACCGACGACGCGAAGCCCAUGCGAGCGAGUUUGGCGAGAUGUCGACGCCUCGCAAGGAUGGCGAGAUGCGCCGCGACAUUUCGCAGGGGUCGCAGCUGGCGGAUAUGUCGCAGGGUCAGCUGGACAGGAGCGCGAGCGGUGCAAGUGCGUUUGGACGAGGACGCUUCCGAUCCGCUGCGCUGGGCGUGUUGAGUCUAUCGCGAUCGCCUAGGGUGGGUGGUCAGGAUGGAACGCCGGUCAUCAUCUCUUCGAUGCCGAUGCAAGAGCUUCGUGGUGCUCAUCGGCCGACCACGGGUGGUGCCAGCAUUCACGGUAGCCCGAGCAAGCCGAUCGCCACCACCAACGCGACAGAAGCUCAAGAGAGACAGCAGCCAGUGCAGGGUUCCCAGGCGGUGCAGACAUGUGCGACAGAGCUCGCUCUGCCCGCCGAAGCAAGCCGCAGUUCUGCGCUGGACAAGAGCGUAGAGGUACCGCUGGAUCCGGCGGAUGGAGGACCAAGCAAAUGA